AUGCUCCAAGAUGUCCAAGCAGUGUUAUGCGCUGCACCUUCAGCAUGGAGUAUUGAAGUGGAUAUGCGCACACUGCGAGGCAUUCUAAAAGGAGCCUUGGUAGGGGCUGUGACCACCAGUUCACCACUAAUUUUCAAUACCCGCGAGCCGAGACCGCUAGCGAAGCCGGUGGAGGGGGUGAAGCAUGGUGCCAAACAUACUAUGAAGGAAAGCAAUGGAAAGGAGAAAAUCACAAGCACAAAGGGAAAGAAACCACUCAAUGGGGCUACGGUUAAACCGUUGGCGUCGAUAGAGGCUAUUGCACAUGUACAACGUUUGGAGAAAGAUCUCCAAGAGCUGCAACGCAGCACACAAGCGCUACUGGGUCGAACAAGAAACGUCUUGCUGCAUAACUUUGCGGAGCCAUUGAUUCGCGAUACUAAAGCGCGACGAGAGGCUGAUCGCGGAUACGUUCAAGACAUUUUUCGACUGACGUGUAUACCGGCCAAUACCGCCCUAUGUUAA